GAAGACAAGCACACAACAAGACAGAACACACAUACAAGCAGGGCAAGGGACGUAACAGGUUCAAACAAGACCAAAACCAACCAGGUCCACCACGUGACAGGUCUAGGCUUGCGUUGACUCACCUGUGAAAUGGCAGCUGAGCACUCAACAAUAGGUUCUGGUAGGGGCAAAGAGCAGGAGACAAAGGAUGAUCUUGGCCGUCAGAAAGUGGACCUGGAGGUAGUUGGAGAUGGUUACACGAAGACGGGCAUGACUGUCAUGAAGCACUACAUCAAGCCAUUAUUUAUGAUAGGAGCCCAACAUGGACUACUGGGCUCAUGUGUUGGGAUUGUAGUUGUUAUUGUCAGUGUUGUGUUGUGCUAUACUGACUGGGAAGCAGUUACAGCAGCAAAAGACAAUCCAGCAUCGGCGCUGUCUGAGGCUGCGUUGAUGAUAACAGCGCCUUCUACUAUAAACAAAAUAUCGUGGCUGCAUGCGCGUAUGCUUGAUUGGGAAUCCCAGGCUCAACUGACUCAACUCAGUGUGCAAAAGGGAAAGACUGUCACUCUGGAAACACAUGUAGCUGGACUCCAGCCUGACGACGGAUGGAUCUACAAUAAAUUGUGGUUACUGCAGGUGAAUCCAGGGAAAUUACGUUGCACUUUGUUAGAUGAGCGGUUUACAGACAGACUUCAGCUGGACUUACAGACCGGAUCUCUCACUGUGAGAAACAUCUCACUCCACGACGCUGGAGUUUAUCAGUUACAAACCGGAGGAGACAAAGUGGCUCAUCAAACCUUUACUCUAUCCGUUUAUGACAUGGUGUCCGGUCCUGCCAUCAGUUACUCCUACCUCCGUCUGUCAGCCAACAACAUCUCUUGUACGGUGGAGUGUUCUGUGAAGAACGGGAGAGAUGUGACCCUAACCUGGUACAAAGGAGAGGAGAGACUUAACCAGACCAGCAGUCCUGAUCUCUCCUCCAACAUCUCUCUCCAUCUGGAGAUGAAGGACCAGGAUGGAGACACCUACAGCUGUGUGGCUGAAAACCCCAUCAGUAACCAGACAGACAAACUCCACAAGACAGAGCUGUGCCCAGGUCUGUCUACAACCACCAACUUUCACAAUCACACUAGGGACCGGGGUGCUGUGGCUGUGGCUGUGGCUGUGAUUGUGGCUGUGGCAUACAGGAAGUUUAAGAGAGGUUGUGAUGGAGAGGGAACCUCCACGGAACAUGACAGUUCUGCCAAGUCUGUCAUCUGAUGACCAGUAAUGCUGUAGGCAAGGAGACACCCUGCUAGCUCUUAAAUGCUGAAGAGUUGAGUUGCUGAAUUAAGGUUUUUCUAAAUGCUUUUCUAAAAAAACAAAAGGAAAAAAACUACUAGAAUUUUGAACUGGUUCAAUGUUAUCUCCUCUCAUUACAUGCAUUUUGUAUGCCACUUUGGUAUGGUCAACAAUUUACAUACACUUCCUUUUUGGUCAUCAUUUGGUUUCCUGUAAAUUGCUUUUCUAAUGAGAGAUAAAUACAACAUAAUGAGUCAACAUUUGAAUGGUUUUCUCGAGAACAGAACAGAAAUGAUAUACAAACAGACAAAUAGAUCCUUCAUGAUUUCUACUGUGCUCGACAACAACAAAAACGAAUGCAGCACACAGCUUUGAUAUCUGUCACUGUUAAAUUGGAAGGGGACCAGGAGUCGGAUCCAAGUGGAGAACAGAACUUUAAUAAGCAGAUUCCAAAGGUACAAAGGGAUAAUCCAAUGAUGUGGUCAAAACGGGUGUGUCAGUACAGGAACAACAGGUAUUGAGGGGCAAAUCCACAGGAGCAUGGCCAGGGCCAUGGGAAGAUCCAAGACACUGGGUCAGGGUGCAUCGUAACAAGGUCUGUCAGGGUGCCAGUGACAGGUUAUACACACGUAGCAAGACUAGAAAAGACUUUGCAAAGUGACUGUGCUGAAAGGCUUCCAGCAUUGGCUUCCUGUCCAACAAAGAAUUGACUUUACAAUCCUGCUGCUGGUUUAUAAAGCACUGAAUGGUUUAGGGCCUAAAUACAUUUGUGAUCUGCUGCUACCUUAUGAACCAUCCCGACCCCUCAGGUCAUCUGGGACUGGUCUACUUUGUGUUCCAAGAGUCAGAACUAAACAUGGAGAAGCAGCGUUCAGUUUUUUCUGCACCACAUAUCUGGAACAAGGUCCCUGAAAGCUGCAGAUCUGCUGAGACCCUCAGCUCCUUUAAAUCCAGAUUGAAGACUUUACUAAUCGCUGUUGCCUUUAAUUGAACCAGAUUAAAGAAUAUCAAUUUCUGCAUCUCCUGCAUUUUAUUUUUUAAACUGCACUGCAACUUUUAUUUUAUUUCUUGCUUUUUGAAUGUUUUUAAUGUGUUAUUGAAUGUUCUUAAUUGUUUUUAAAUCGUGUUUUCUUUUGCAUUAUGUUUUGAUGCUUUUAAUGGUUUUAUGUGAAGCACUUUGAAUUGCCUUGUUGUUGAAAUGUGCUAUACAAAUAAACUUGUCUUGCCUAUAUAGGGAUGGGCGAAUGAUGCCUUGUGAAGCUUUGGACCAUCUUAAUCAAUUGAUUAAAUCCUUAUUUUUAAACUGUU